GGACCGGGUCGACGCCGCCAUGCAGGUCUCAAGCCUCAACGAGGUGAAGAUUUACAGUCUCAGUUGCGGCAAGUCCCUUCCUCAGUGGCUUUCUGAUAGGAAAAAGAGAGCACUACAGAAGAAAGAUGUAGAUGUCCGUAGGAGAAUUGAACUUAUCCAGGAUUUUGAAAUGCCUACUGUGUGUACCACUAUAAAGGUGUCAAAAGAUGGACAGUAUAUUUUAGCAACUGGAACAUAUAAACCUCGAGUUCGAUGUUAUGACACCUACCAGUUAUCCUUGAAGUUUGAAAGGUGUUUAGACUCAGAAGUUGUCACCUUUGAAAUUUUGUCUGAUGAUUAUUCAAAGAUUGUCUUCUUACAUAAUGAUAGAUAUAUUGAAUUUCAUUCACAAUCAGGUUUUUACUACAAAACCAGAAUACCAAAGUUUGGGAGAGAUUUCUCUUAUCACUAUCCAUCCUGUGACUUGUACUUUGUUGGGGCAAGCUCUGAAAUUUAUAGAUUAAACUUAGAACAAGGACGGUACCUGAAUCCUCUACAAACUGAUGCUGCGGAGAAUAAUGUUUGUGACAUAAAUUCAGUACAUGGCUUGUUUGCCACAGGAACAAUAGAGGGUCGAGUGGAGUGCUGGGACCCAAGAACUCGAAAUAGGGUUGGCCUAUUAGACUGUGCAUUAAGUAGUGUCACAGCAGAUUCAGAGAUAAAUACUUUACCAACAAUUUCUGCUUUGAAAUUUAAUGGCGCCUUGACCAUGGCAGUUGGAACAUCCACAGGGCAGGUUUUAUUAUAUGAUCUUCGAUCUGAUAAGCCAUUGCUAGUUAAGGAUCACCAAUAUGGGCUGCCCAUUAAGUCAGUUCAUUUCCAGAAUUCAUUAGAUUUGAUUUUGUCUGCAGACUCUCGAAUUAUCAAAAUGUGGAAUAAGAACUCAGGAAAAAUAUUUACUUCCCUGGAGCCAGAACAUGACCUCAAUGAUGUCUGCCUUUACCCCAACUCAGGAAUGCUUCUUACUGCCAAUGAAACCCCCAAGAUGGGCAUCUAUUACAUUCCAGUUUUGGGUCCUGCUCCUAGGUGGUGUUCUUUUUUAGACAACUUGACAGAAGAAUUAGAAGAGAAUCCAGAAAGCACAGUUUAUGAUGAUUACAAAUUUGUCACCAAGAAGGACCUUGAAAAUUUAGGGCUCACACAUCUCAUUGGAUCACCUUUUCUCCGGGCAUAUAUGCAUGGAUUUUUCAUGGAUAUAAGACUCUAUCACAAGGUGAAAUUGAUGGUAAAUCCAUUUGCUUAUGAAGAAUAUAGGAAAGAUAAAAUUCGACAGAAGAUAGAAGAAACACGUGCACAGAGAGUGCAAUUAAAGAAAUUGCCAAAAGUUAACAAAGAGCUGGCGCUUAAAUUAAUCGAGGAGGAGGAGGAGAAGCAAAAAUCUACAUGGAGAAAGAAAGUUAAGAGCCUUCCAAAUAUUCUCACUGAUGAUCGAUUUAAAGUUAUGUUUGAGAAUCCCGACUUCCAAGUAGAUGAAGAGAGUGAAGAAUUUAGGCUUUUGAAUCCACUUGUUUCAAAAAUUAGUGAAAAAAGGAAGAAGAAACUACGACUCUUAGAGCAACAGGAACUUCGUGAAAAAGAAGAGGAGGAAGAACCGGAAGGAAAACCGAGUGAUGCAGAAAGUUCGGAGAGUUCAGAUGAUGAAAAAGACUGGGUUGAAGAGGUCAGGAAGCAGCGCAGACUUCUCCAGCAGGAGGAAAAAGUGAAGCGGCAGGAACAACGCAAGGAGGACCAGCAGACGGUCCUAAAGCCCCAGUUUUAUGAGAUCAAAGCAGGAGAAGAAUUCAGAAGCUUCAAAGAUUCUGCCACAAAGCAGAAACUGAUGAACAAAACCCUUGAAGAUCGUUUGAAAAUAGAAGCCAAACAUGGGGCAUUGAGUGUAUCAGACACCACUGUUGGCAGCAAACAAUUGACAUUCACAUUAAAGAGGUCUGAACAACAGAAGAAGCAACAGGAGGCUGAGAAACUGCAUCGACAAGAGAGGAAAAAACUCCAUCGUUCAGCUGGUCACCUGAAGUCAAGACACAGGAGAGGACGGCGGUUUCAUUGAAUUUGGAAGUGAUGGUGCAUGUGAUAGGGAAGGAGCACGUCUCCCAAUUGACCAUCAUUAGACAAUUAAACACAGACAGGGACAUGCACUUUAAAGUUGCAUGUGAAUUGUCAUACACAGAGGUAAAGAUGUGGUAACUUGUCCCUGUGCCCUAUGCGUUGGACCUUGAAACUGGGCCCCCACCAAUUGGCCACUGCCUGGCACCGAGGGUGCUUUUCCUAAGUUGUUGGUCCCUGUAAACAUUAUCCUUACUGUUGUCGUUCUUUAAUGUUGUGAAAUGUGCAUUAUGAAAUGAAAGGUUUAUCCUGUGCUAAAAACAAAGAUAUAUCAUGUUCUAGGAACUUUUUUCUUUCU